AUGGUUCCUGAUUCGGAACUCAACUCCCUUAUUUCUACACACACGCAGCUGUUCUCGGCUGCCAACACAUUCACUGAGGCAGACGUUUAUCCGUCCAUUGCCCUGCAAAAUCUUCCUCAAAAGCAUAAUCAAGCAUUGCUCAUUCUCAAAGACAAAGCAUACAAAGAGUUACGUCCCUGGUUAUGGACUGCUUAUACUCCCUUCGAGAGGGGCCUCAUCAUUGACAAUGUACAAAAUGCUUUGACCAGAUUAGGAUUUCUGGACACUCAUCCUCUCAGACGUAAAAUUGUCGAAAAGUCGGUGCAUAAUAUUCCUCUCAAGAGGGCCACUGCGCUUGGUGGAGGUAUACUUCUGAGCAGUGGUAAAAAGGGCUCAACACCUUCAUCUCCGCAACCGACUUCCUUGCCGGCUAGAAGAGCCGGGACUGAAUCUCCUGGUGUCGAAUCUGAAAGAAAACGGCCAGAAUCUCGCUUGGGUGUUUCUCCUUUGAAAGAAACUCAAGUUAAGCGAAAGUAUGAGACUAUUCUGACCGUUUGCCUGUCCUCCUCUGACGAGGAUAAGCAUUCCAAGAAGGCUAAAAAAGAGGGACAUCGGUCAAAUAGUAGCACAAGCACCAAUAGCGUCAGCUCGGUCAAUAGCAUGCACAGUCACCAAAGCAGUGGCUCAUACACUCUGCCAUACUCAGUAACUGAAGAUGGUCACGAAGAAGAAGCAUUCGGAGGAUCCAUAAAAUACCCUGCUGUAGCCAAACAAUCUCUUCAACUUCCAGCACGUCCUUCUAGUGCUAUAUCUACCCAAGAGAAGAAGCUGCAAUUUUACGAACAGUUGGCAAAGAAGUUUCGUCUGCGUUACCGUGAGUAUGAGAUUCUUCACAAGCAAAUGGGUCGUGGCUCUUCUCAAAGCAAAAGUUCUGAUAGCAAGAAGAGUUUGAUGAGAUUAUUCGAACUUCACAACUCUUUGGCGGAGUGGAAGCGAAAGCUUUGGGACUACCACAAUGAGAAUAAUAUGGCAGAGACCGUCAUGAAUCUUUCAAAGCACCGAAAGCUGAUGAGUACAUCUGCUAUUAGCUCGCUGGCCCCCUCCUCAGCUCGACUUCACAGCGUAGACAAGUUCACAAGAGACUCUAGUGUUGAGCGAAACGCUCCCAACCCACGUGGUUCUACUCCAGUCACAGCUGCUCGCACGAAGAUAACUCUCAAUUAUUGA